UGUUCCCCCUUUCUCUCUCCAUUUUCUGUUCUCUCUGCACGCUGUCUCCUGAUAUUUUGGCUUUUCAGUUUCACCACUGGCGUCCCAUGACCUCUACGCACUGUCAGAUCCUUCUCUGAUUUGGUAGUACUCGGACCGAUUGACGUCGGUUCGGCGAGGCGAACCAAUGAGCAACGACGACGCAAGUGUGGAGCCGCCGAAGCCGGCGGUUCUGAGCUCGUCCGCUUCGUUUAAGACUAGGAAACCGAAGACUAACGCUGCCGUGCCCCGAGCUGAUGUCGAUGAUAUUGUCACUCUCCUCCACGGCUCCGAUCCUGUACGCGUCGAACUCAACCGCCUAGAGAACGAAGUUAGAGAUAAAGAUAGAGAAUUGGGAGAAGCGCUUGCAGAAAUCAAGUCUUUGAGAAAUUCGGAGCGUCUCAAAGAAAAGGCAGUUGAAGAGCUAACAGAUGAGCUUAAGAAAGUUGAUGAAAAGCUUAAAGCAACUGAGGCUCUUCUAGAAAGCAAGAACCUUGAGAUCAAGAGGAUAAAUGAUGAGAAAAGAGAAGCUUUGGCUGCACAAUUUGCUGCAGAAGCUACACUCCGAAGAGUCCAUGCUGCUCAGAAAGAUGAUGAAAUGCCUCCCAUUGAGGCUAUCAUCGCUCCUCUAGAGGCAGAACUUAAGCUUUCUAGGUUGGAGGCAGCCAAGUUGCAAGAGGAUAACAGGGCACUUGACCGACUUACUAAGUCCAAGGAGGCUGCUCUCCUUGAGGCUGAGAGAACUGUCCAGAUGGCUCUGGCAAAAGCGUCCUUGGUUGAUGAUCUACAAAACAAAAACCAAGAGCUUAUGAAGCAGAUUGAAAUAUGCCAGGAGGAGAACCGAAUUCUUGACAAAAUGCAUCGACAAAAGGUUGCUGAAGUCGAAAAACUAACCCAAACAAUUUGUGCACUGGAGGAGGCUCUAUUGGCUGGAGGGGAUCUUGCUAAUGCUGUGCGGGACUAUGAACGAAAAGUGCAAGAAAUGAAUGAUGAGAAAAAAACUCUGGAAAGAGAGGUAGCUCGUGCAAAGGUAAGUGCAAACAGGGUAGCUACUGUGGUUGCAAAUGAGUGGAAAGAUGGAAAUGACAAAGUUAUGCCCGUUAAGCAAUGGCUUGAGGAAAGAAGAUUUCUUCAGGGGGAAAUGCAACAGCUUCGAGAUAAACUGGCUGUAGCUGAGCGAACUGCAAAAGCAGAAGCACACAUGAAAGAAAAAUUUCAAUUAAGAUUCAAGACUUUGGAGGAAAAGCUUAAAGCAUCUACCAGUAAUUCGCGCAAUGCCUCUGAAGGAAGAAGUGCAUUGAAUUCAAAUUCUUUCUCCGUUCGAUCUAAUAGAGCUACUGCCUUAUUGAGAAAUGCCAAAAUGUCAUCCAGAUCAUUUGAUGGUUGUAGUAGAUCAUUGGAUGGAGGUAAGCUGAUUCUAGAUGCCACCAGGAAAGAUAGUAUGCCUACCGGUGCUGGUGAUCAGAUGGUUCGUACUGAUGUUACAUGUGAUGAGACUUCAGAUGGAUUGACUGAAAAAUCAGAAAGAGAAAAUGAAGAUUAUGUUUCAGGAAUUUUGUAUGAUAUGUUACAGAAAGAGGUUAUAACUUUGAAGAAGGCUUGUCAUGAAAAAGAUCAAAGCCUUAAGGACAAGGAUGAUGCAAUUGAGAUGCUAGCAAAAAAGGUUGAAACAUUGAACAAAGCAAUGGAAGUUGAAUCCAAGAAAAUGCGGAGAGAAGUAGCUGCCAGGGAGAAAGAAAUGGCAGCUAUGCGGAGUGGCAAGGAGCAAGAUCAAAAGACACGACGGAGCAGUACACCCAAGGUGGCCUAUAAAUAGUUCUCAGCUUACUUCUGCAAGGAAGAGCUCGAAGUUGAUUGGGCAAUCGACGCAGUGGUGGUUACAAUAACCGUAAAAACACAUUAUUUAAUCAUCAAAUUGGUAUGUACUGCUUGUGCGUGACCAUUACUUUCUUCCACUCAUCUGUUUUAUUGUCUCCAAUGAGACGCUCAAUUCAUAAAGAACUGGCUCUAGUCUUUGAGGGAGUUAUUACAUUAUGUAUAUUGUUCUCGGUUCUGCCAUCAAUAUCAAUUCAAGUCAUCAUACAUUCAAUUCAUCCAUAAAGCUUUCAUGUAUUAGUUUUGUCAUGUAAACGUUUGUAUAAACAAGAAACAGAAAUUUAUAUGUUAUGGGUAUGUCAUUCAACCUAGU